AUGUACUUGCAUGACGAGAUUAUGAUGAACUGGGGUUCGCUGUUUACACUACGUGGCUGCACAUCGCGUUGCUCACCCAAAAACAAAAAUAUGGCCCAGACGGCACGCACCGCCACGGGAAGGCGUCCGACGCAUGAUUACCAUGCCACCGCCAUCUCCCUGAAGCAUCGCUCAAAGUCCGCCAAUCCGGCACAAUUGCGUCCGCUGAGCGGCAUCCACGGGGCGGCCGUCUCCUCCCGGCCCCGCUACGUGCCGCCCUUCUCCAUUCAGUCGCAGCAGAAGAACACCGUUGUCAUCGAUGGGCCUAUACAUGAGUCCGCUCCCAAGACAGCCAGCGCAAGGGCCCGGAUCCCCAACCCCAAAAGUCUGCGACGCCAGCAAAAGUCCAUGUCCACCUUCAAUUUGGGCUUGGGCCUAAAUGGUUGUGCUCUGGGCGGGGCUAAUGACCCGGGACGCGGCACUCUCUUCCGCAUGUACUUUGAUCGGGGCGACCUGCCGAUUAAGAUGGAGUAUCUCUGUGGAGGCGAUAAGAUCGGCUGGACGGUGGACAUUGACAAGCUGGACUACAGCCUCUAUUUGCCGCUCUUCUUCGAUGGUUUGGCAGAGACGAAGCACCCGUAUAAGACGUAUGCCCGACAGGGAGUCACGGAUCUACUGCUGGCCGGGGGCGAGAGGAUACACCCGGUGAUACCGCAAUUAAUAUUGCCGCUAAAGAACGCAUUGAGCACACGAAACCUGGAGGUAAUGUGCACGACAUUGAAGAUAAUCCAACAGCUGGUCAUGUCCUCGGAUUUGGUGGGUCCUGCCCUGGUGCCCUUCUACAGACAAUUGCUGCCCAUGUUCAAUGCCUUCAAGGUGAAAAACUUGAACUGCGGCGAUGAGAUCGACUAUGCGCAGAAGAACAACCUGAAUCUGGGCGAUUUGAUUGAUGAGACGCUGCAGGUGCUGGAGCUGCAUGGCGGCGAGGAUGCCUUCAUUAACAUCAAGUACAUGGUGCCGACCUACGAGUCCUGCUACCUUAACUAA